UCUCUUUCUCUCUCCUCUCUCUCUCUCCUCUCUCUCUCUUUCUCUCUCNCUCUCUCUCUCUCUCUCUCUCUCUCUCUCUCUCUAUUUCUCUCUCUUUAAAUUUAUCGUUAAUCGUAAGAGAGGUCUUUUGCGAAUUUUUAGAUAAAAUUCAUUCAUUCAUAAACUCGAACAGAUGUCAUUCGCUAAGGAGAAGUGGCAUAUAAUAAGUUAAAAUCUUGUACCUAAUAAGAAUUUUUUCUGUUCACAAACUACGUUCAAAAUUAUAAAUUCUCCAGUCUUUUUAUAGUAUUCACUUCAAAACAUAAAAAAUAAAAAUUUUAAAGAUAGUUUAGGUUAGUGAAACAUCUAAAAAAGCAAGUUUAAGCCAGCCCAUGACGACCAAACAACUAAAGACUGCAUACACGCUCAAUUUGUUGCCAUGGGCAAAGAAAAUGUCCUUGAGCAACCAGAUAAUUCUUAUACUCUUAACCACCGGAUUACCUGAUGUUCGUCCAUCUCCGGAGAUUGACAAUGAAGUAAUAAGUAAUUUACAAGAAACAGUUCAAACUCAAAAGGGUACAAACUUGUAUGAUCACAAUGGUGCAAAUUGGCCAGGGCUUUGUAAAACUGGCAACCUACAAUCUCCGAUUGACAUCGAUCCUCAUGUGACUUCAGACGUACCGUCAGCACUUCCGAUUGUUUUUAUAAACUAUAACUUGUGCACGUUCAAAUUUGAAGUGACGCCGACAACUAUUUACUUACAUCCAGUUAUUCAGCAUAAUCACGAGCUAGGUAUUGCAGCAGGUGGUUUGAGAGGACUUUACAGAUUGGAAUCUGCCCAUUUUCAUUGGAACGCCGAACACACCAUAAACAACAAGAGGGACGCGCUAGAACUUCAUGUCGUACAUUACAAAACCAUUUACUCGGGAAUAGCUGAAGCAAAUAAUCAUGAAAACGGCCUUGCAGUACUUGCAAUUCUUUACAAAAUAGGACAAGAAGAUAGUGGUGUAGCAAAAUUAAUUGAAGCUAUCGAGUCAAAGUCAAACAACAGUUCGUUAACUGCUGAAGAGCUUCUUCCAGAAGAAACAAAUGAAUAUUACCGAUAUGCUGGGUCCCUUACAACUCCAGGAUGUGAAGAAUCUGUGAUAUGGACUAUUUUCAAAACGCAAAGGACAAUCUCUAAAAAACAGAGUGAAUGGUUUAAAAAUCUACAGUUAAAAGAAGGGACAGUUCUAGUUAACAACUACAGACUUGUUCAGAAGACGAAAAGAAGAAAAGUAUACCACGCCACUGCUUCAUUUGUGUAAACUUUAUUUAUUUCAUAUAUAAUUCGAUAAACUAUUGAUUUAUAUAUUAACCACAAAUUGUGAAAUUGGCAUUAUGUUUGGACAAACUUCGCACACCUUUUAUUUGUUAAUUUAAUGCGAAGCGUUGCAAAUAAACAGUUUAUAUUUUGUCAUUACUUUAUUUUAUUUUAAACGUGUUGAACACUGAAAAUAAUUGCGCGUAUUUUAAUUUAAAAAUAAAUAAAUGUAUCAAUGAAUAAAAUGAGAAU